CGAUGUCCGCCGCCACGGCGCCCGCGUCGCGCGGCUUCGCGCCGUCGCGCGCGCUUCGAUGCCGAGGACGCGGCGAGGAGACGGCCGCGGUCGCGCGAUCUCGUCGCGUCGCCGCGCGAGAUCUCGUCGCGUCGUCGCGACGAUUCGAGCGACCGCGAGCGACCGCGAGCGACGACGCGUCGACGUCGUCGUCGUCGUCGUCGUCGUCGUCGUCGUCGUCCACGUCAACAGCCCCUCCCGCGCCGAAACCGACGCCGGAGGACAUCGCGUCCGUCGCCGCGUUCUUCCUCGAGACGACCGCGGCGGCGACCGCGUCCGUCCCUCUCGUCGGCGACGUCGCGCGCGCCUUCGCGCGCGCGUUCGAGCCCACCCCCGCGGAUUUCCCCCCCGGCCCACCCGGCGACGCCGCGGUCGAGCUCGCCGCGGACCCGAUCGCGUUCAUCGUAAAGACGCAGCGCGAGCACGGCGACGUCGUCGGCUUGCGCCUCGCGGGCGAGCACGUCGUCCUCGUGUCCGACCCGGACGUCGUCAGAGACGUCGCGAUCGAUCGCGCGGAUCUCUUCGUGAAAGAGGGCACCGCGUUUUUUCCCGGCUCGAGCCUCGCGGGCGAAGGCCUCCUCGUCAGCGACGGCGAGAAGUGGGCGCGGCAGCGCCGCUUAUCCAACCCCGCGUUUCGAGCCGCGGCGGUGGACGCGUACGCGACCGCGAUGACGCGCGCGGGCGAGCGGCUGCUGCGCGGGCCGUGGAGCGCGCGGACGAUUCGAGACGCGUACGCGGAUUUCAACGACCUCACGCUCGAGAUCGUCGCCGACGCGCUCUUCGGCGCCGACGUCCGCGGCGCGCGCGCGAAGGAGAUCAACGCCGCGAUCGCGGAGGCGUUCGAGUUCUUCGGGAAGCGCUCGAGCAGUGGGUUCAUCGUGCCGGAGUGGGCGCCGACGCCGGAGAACGCCGGGUACGCGGCCGCGGUGGCGCGGUUGGACGACGCGGUGUACGCGCUCAUCGCGGAGCGACGCGCGAAGAGAGAGAAGCCGCGGUACGAGCGAUUGGAGCUGCUCGACGAGGACAGAGAAGACGAAUUCGUGGAAGAGGAGGAAGAAGAAGAAGAAGAAGAAGUGCCGGGGGGGUCUUCGUCCACCACGCCGUCGCGCGGCCCCGAUCUUCUCGAUCGACUGCUCGACGCGAGGGACGACGGCGACGGCGGCGACGGCGGCGGCAUGACCGACGCGUCUCUGCGGGACGAGCUCAUGACGCUCAUGGUCGCCGGGCAGGAGACGUCCGCGAUAUUGUUAUCGUGGUGCUGCGCGCUGCUCGCGCAGCACCCGGAGGUGGCGGAGCGGUGCGCCGCGGAGGCGCGCGCGGUGUUGGGCGACGGAAGCGGCGGCGGCGACGGCGACGACGAAAUCGAAAUCGCGUCGCCGACGGCGGAAAACGUCGGCGAGAUGAAAUACGUCGAGGCGGUGGUCCUCGAGACCAUGCGUCUGUACCCUCCCGCGUACAUGGUCGGUCGGUGCGCGGCGCGCGACGUCGUCGUCGGCGGGCACAGCCUGCGGAAGGGCACGACGAUCUUGAUCGCGCCGUAUUUGCUUCACAGGGACGCGCGGCGGUGGGACGACCCGGACGCGUUCGACCCGGAGCGGUGGCUUCGACCGGGCGGCGCGCCGAAGAAGAGCGAGAGCGAGAGCGAGAGCGAGAGCGAGAGCGCGACGGACGACCGACCGAUGACCGACGCACCGCCGAUGGCGAAGGGCGCGCUGAGAGGCACCGGGCCAGGUGGGGUGUACCUCCCGUUCGGCGCGGGCCCGAGGGUGUGCAUCGGCACCGGGUUCGCGAUGAUGGAGGCGACGAUACUUGUCGCGAUGAUCGCCUCGACGGUGGAUUUGAAGACGUUGCCGGGCCGCGCGCCGCCGCGGCCGCGCGCGUUGAUCACGCUGCGGCCGGAUAACGUCGAGCUGGACGUCAUCCCGAAGCGAAGAGGGGCCCGCGCGAGGACGGGCGUAGGCGGAGUCGCGAGGAGCGAAUAA